UGCCCAGACCGGCUCCCGCCCCCAGCCCGCUUCCUCCUCCCAGGGGCGGUCCCGCCCAGCCCUCCGGGCCCGCGCACCGCGGGCAGCCCCCUGCAGCCGCACCAUGUCCGCCGGCUGGUUCCGGCGCCGCUUCCUGACUGGGGGUCCACUGCCCGCGCCGCGGCCGCCCGGGCCACGCGCCAGCCCUGUGCCCUACCGGCGGCCCCGCUUCCUGCGUGGCUCUGGCUCCAGCCCAGGAACCGCCGACGCCUCGCGCCGCUCGGACUCCCGGCCAGUGCGUAGCCCAGCGCGGGGCCGCACGCUACCCUGGAACGCAGGCUACGCCGAGAUCAUCAAUGCAGAGAAAUCUGAGUUCAAUGAGGAUCAAGCUGCCUGUGGGAAACUGUGCAUCCGGAGAUAUGAGUUCGGACCUGAAGAGGAUAGGGAAUGGCUGACUCUGUGCCCAGAAGAAUUCCUGACGGGUCAUUACUGGGCACUAUUUGAUGGGCACGGUGGUCCUGCAGCAGCCAUCCUGGCUGCCAAUACUCUGCACUCUUGCCUGCGUCGGCAGCUAGAAGCGGUGGUAGAAGGCAUGGUGGCUGCUCAACCCCCCAUGCACCUCAGUGGCCGCUGUGUCUGCCCCAGUGACCCCCAGUUUGUGGAAGAAAAAGGCAUCAGGGCAGAAGAUUUGGUGAUUGGGGCCCUGGAGAGCGCCUUCCAGGAAUGUGAUGAGGUGAUCGGGCGGGAGCUGGAGGCCUCAGGCCAGGUGGGCGGCUGCACAGCUCUGGUGGCUGUGUCCCUGCAGGGAAAGCUGUAUGUGGCCAAUGCUGGGGAUAGCAGGGCCAUCUUGGUUCGGAGAGAUGAGAUUCGGCCGCUGAGCUCUGAGUUUACUCCAGAGACUGAGCGGCAGCGAAUCCAGCAUCUGGCCUUUGUCUACCCUGAGCUUCUGGCUGAUGAGUUCACCCGACUGGAAUUCCCUCGGCGGCUGAAGGGGGAUGACUUGGGGCAGAAGGUUUUGUUCAGGGAUCAUCACAUGAGCGGCUGGAGCUACAAAUGUGUGGAGAAAUCAGAUCUGAAGUACCCACUGAUCCACGGACAUGGCAGGCAGGCUCGGUUACUGGGAACGCUGGCUGUCUCCCGAGGACUGGGAGACCAUCAGCUCAGAGUCCUGGACACAAACAUCCAGCUCAAGCCCUUCUUGCUCUCUAUCCCACAGGUAACUGUGCUGGAUAUGGACCAGUUAGAGUUGCAGGAAGAGGAUGUAGUUGUCAUGGCAACUGAUGGACUCUGGGAUGUCCUGUCCAAUGAGCAGGUGGCAUGGCUGGUACGGAGCUUCCUCCCUGGGAACAGAGAGGAUCCACACAGGUUCUCGGAGUUGGCCCAAAUGCUGAUACACAGCACACAGGGGAAGGACGACAGUCCCACAGGGGAAAGGCAGGUGUCCUAUGAUGACGUCUCUGUGUUCGUGAUUCCCUUGAACAGCCAGAGCCAAGGAGGCAGUGGCUACUGAGGAUUCUGACACUGCAUCCAAGAAGCACUCCAAUCAUUGCAGUAUGGGCAUGCCUCCAUUAUGGCCAAGAGAAGGCCCUGUUUGUCCCAUCCCCAGCCACAGCCCAAUGUUCCUGCUUCUCACCCAGGUUCAUCUGUUUCAAGGGGAUUUUUUAUACCAGGCAGCAAGAGCUGGAAGGGUACAAAGAGCCCAGCCCACCAGGUCCUGCCUUUUACAAUAAUCACAUCACUCUGGUAGAGGGAUCUGAUUUCCUACAACUUAGGAAACCCUUGUGAGGCUUCUCAGACAGGAUCCUCAAUAGCCCAAGAAUUAUUCUUAGAAAGAGAUACCCACAUUAAGAGUAUUAGUCAGAUGCCACAAGGGGUAGCGUCCUGUAUUUGGAUAUAGGUUUUCCAAUCCAUGAAUGUCGGGGCAUCCAUUUAACAAUCCCCCCAAGAAAAUCUUGGGCAGUCUCACAUUUGCUAGAACACGUAUCUUGAAGAAAGCUCUGGAGGAGACACCAGCUUAGGUUUUGCCCUGUUCUCUGCUGUUGGAGGGCAUGGCCCCUACAGCUAAAGUUGGGGGAAGAGCAAAAAGGGGCAAGAGGAACUUCCAGAGUUGGCUGGGCAGGGAAUGCUUAUCACUACCUCUGGCCUGCCCUUCUGACUUGCUUCCCCCUGGCCCCAGGCCUGCCCUAGUCUCACCCCCAAUGCCUUUGCUUUUG